GGAACGGACCAUAGAAAGCCUAUCGCAGAUACCCACCUCGCCUGCCCCGAAAAAGGGAAGACGCAGGUCGAGCUUCUUCAAUGGCGACAGCAGCAUGCCUCCACCCUUGCGUCCUGCCUCCGCCACGUCCAAUGGCAGCAGACCAUCGACAAGCGACGGCCCGCAGCCAGCCGCCAUAUCCACACCAAAGAGGGCCGCCGCCGCUUCCAACAGACUGUCCAUGACCGUUCCGGGAAAGCGCAGCGCGAGCACCAAUGUCGUCUCGUCAGCUGCGACGCCCAGCAGACAGGCGUCCAUCUCGCGCCGUACAUCAGUGAUCAAGAAGCAGCCAAUAUCCCCAGUGCCAGGCUCUCAAGAUACCCCAAAGGCACGCCCGCCCACCAACGGCAAAAACCUCGCUUUGCGAACACCAAGAACCCGAGCAUCCAUGGGCAACAUGUUUGGACAAGCAGUAUCGCCCCCUGGCGCGUCGGUCAGUUCGCCCAGUACCGACGCACCCGUAAGAAAGACGCCAGACACUGUUCGCAGGGUCGCGAGCUCUUCCUCCGCCCUGCGUGACCACAUUGCCAAGGCCAAGGCUGCAAUGAAGCCAGACGCUGCCCCUGCGCCCGCUGCAACCCCAGCCAAGACAGGCAGUUCCUCGAAUGCUCUGAGAGAACAAAUUGCAAAGGCCAGGGAAGCCGCCAAGCGGGCAAAGGCCGAGCCCGUCAGAAACACUACACCUCCUUCCGACGUCAUCAUUCCUGAUCCGGCCGAGAUUGCGUCUUUUGAUUUUGGGCUCAACGAAGAUCCCUUCAACCAGCGUCCCAAAGCUGGAGCUUCUGUUCUGCGCCGGCGUAUUGAUGCUGCUCGCGGAGACGGUCGCCUAAACAUUGCUGCCAUGGGCUUGAAGGAGAUACCAGAUGACGUGCUUUCCAUGUACAUUUACGAUCCCAACGACACAAAGGUGGCUUGGGGCGAGGUUGUAGACCUCACUUCCAUUUUAGCUGCGGACAACGAGCUGGAGGCUAUUCCAGAUAGCAUGUUCCCUGAUGUUUCUGUCGAAGACGUGAUUGACUCUGACGAGGCGGGUCCUCAGUUCGGAGGAGUCCAAAACAUGGACCUGCACGGUAACAUGCUUCAAGAGCUGCCCAUGGGUCUGAAACGACUUAGCCAGCUGUCCAAGCUGAAUCUUUCCAGGAACAAGUUGCCCAUGGAUGUAUUUGACAUCAUUGCUCAGAUCCCCACCCUGCGCGAAUUGAAGCUAGCCGAGAACAGCCUGGAGGGCGAUCUAUCCCCCACCCUCUGCGACCUGACCGCACUAGAGGUCCUGGAUUUGCAGUCGAACAAGCUGACCAGCUUGCCUGCUGGCUUGGAACGCCUGACCCAACUGCGUACUCUCAAUGUCACCGACAACCAGCUUCGUGCCAUUCCCAGCCAAGUCUUUUCUUCGGCGCUUGUCGAGCUUCAGGCAUCCAAGAACCGCCUCGAGGGCGCAUUAUUCACCCAGGGAUCUGUACCAUAUUUGCAAGAAUUGCAUGUCGCUCAGAACUCCCUUACUUUGUUCUGCGAGGGCGACUCUAUCGACUUGCCCGCCCUCAAGAUUUUGAAUGUCUCCACGAACCGCCUUACCUCAUUGCCUGCAGUAUCCACUUGGAGCAAGCUCAUCACUCUCUUGGUAGGUGAGAACAAGCUUACAGCCUUGCCAGAAGGCUUCACCACUCUGGAGCAGCUUCGUACUGCAGAUUUCACGGGCAACGACAUUACCCAGCUUGACGAAAAGAUUGCUCUCAUGGAGAACUUGGAUCACCUCACCGUCGCUGCGAACCCGCUGCGCGACCGAAAGUUCCUUACCAUGGGUACUGAAGACUUGAAGCGUGACUUGGCUUCGAGGCUGCCUGCUGAGGCUGCGCCAGCUGACGUUGAAGAAGAACUCGAUGAUGACAUUACCGAGACACCUCAGUCCAAGUGGGAACUUACGCCUUCUGGAACUUUGGAUUUGGCAGGCAAGGAUAUGAGCGAGCUUGAUGUCGAUGACGCCACAUCAGAAGUCCUCGUCAAUGGUUUGCGUCAACUACACUUGCAGCGCAACAAGUUCGACGCCAUCCCGCCUGUUGUACAGACUUUCCAACACCUCACUCUUCUUGAUCUUUCUCGAAAUACUAUCGAGGUCGUACUUUCGGCGCCAAUCGAACUUCCUCAACUCCGGGAUCUCCGUCUCGCCAGCAACAAGUUGGCAAGUCUAAACUCCCUCACAGAGCAUCUCACAGCGCCUCACCUCAUCACCUUGGACGUCUCAAUCAACCGCCUGAGUGGUGCUCUGCCGGCGCUCCACGUCUCAUUCCCCUCGCUCACAACCCUGUUGGCAUCGGACAACAGGAUCUCCGAGGUAUCUCCUGAAAGCCUAACCAACCUGAGAAUUGUCAAUCUAGGCAACAACGAUAUCGAACGUCUGGAACCACGCAUCGGCUUGCUCCAGGGAACGCUCACUGGCUUCGAAGUCGAGGGAAACAAGUUCCGAGUGCCCAAUCGCCAAAUCCUACAAAAGGGAACAGACGCUGUAUUGACAUGGUUACGAGACAAGAUACCGAGAGAGAGCUGGAAGAGUACAGACAGUGCAGCAACAGAGUUUUUCGAUGCCGACGAGGGUGGCUUUUAAGUUUCUUGAUUCGAAUUCGACUUCGAAUGUAGACUAGGGCGGUGGGAUUCAGGAAAAGAAGACCGGGCUAUGGGAGGGUUAUGUGAGAUUCCGUGUG